AUGACAUCAACCAAGCACUUGAUUCCUUCGCCAAUGGGAAGUCUAUCCGGAAGGCCUCGAUGGAGUAGGGUAUUCCAAGGGCCGCUCUCUUCAACCGCAUGCAUGGCCGGGAAUAUUCUAAUCCAGGACGCUCUAGGCCCCCCUCCCACACACUCGCAGAUCAGACAAUUCGCGGAGCGGAUGCUUGCCGUCAAAGGGGACCACGAACCACUUGGAAAACACUGGAUGCAGGCUUUUCUGAGAAGAAACCCUGAAAUUCGGACGCAGAGGUGCUAUCAUAGAGACUCUGCACGUGUUAACGGUGCUUCCACCCCGGUAAUUCGACCUUGGUUUAGAAAUUUCUACAUUCCCGAGAUCCAGGCUAUUGAGCCAGAGAACAGGUACAACAUGGAUGAAGCGGGCAUCGUGGAAGGCUUGGGGGAGAAUGGUCUAGUCGUUGGAAGUUCGGAGAGACGCUCUGUUCAGAAGAAAACGCCGGGUUCGAGAGCCUGGACGUCCUUUAUCGAAUUCGUGUCGGCUACUGGCUGCGCACUACCGCCUUUGGUUAUAUUCAAGGGAAAAUCCGUUCAGAAACAAUGGUUUUCGCACGAUUUAAGUUAUUUCAAGGAUUGGCAAUUCACAGCGACAAAAAACGGCUGGACUUCGGACCAAACUGCGGUCGAGUGGCUUGAAAAGAUGUUUAUUCCCAGGACCCAGCCAUUCGACCCAUCCGAGCAAAGAUUGUUAAUUUUAGACGGGCACGGAAGCCACGAGUCGGUUGAUUUCAUGUACCUAUGCUAUCAGCAUAAGAUUCAUCUACUUUACCUUCCCCCUCAUACCUCACAUGUCCUGCAACCUCUCGAUCUGUCCGUCUUCUCACCUCUCAAGCACUUCUACCGCAAAGAGGUCGAAUUUCUAAGCCUCUUGACCGAUUCAAGCCCAGUCGGCAAGCAAAACUUUCUUAUAUGCUAUCAAAAAGCUCGGAAACAGGCGCUGUCUGCAUCAAACAUCAAGGGUGGUUGGAAAGCAAACGGUCUCUGGCCAGUGUCAGUUGCAAAGCCUCUUUUGAGCCGUCUCCUGCUAGAGAACAGUAACAAGGGUAAUAACGCACGAAAACCACCGAUGAAUUGA